CUCUUAGUUAAUAACUAAGGCAGCAAGGAGAGAGGUCUCUCAGCUGCAGCCAUCUUCUUCAAUUCCUCUUAGACUUCAUCACUUGUGUCAUGUGAUCAUGGGAAUUCAGAAGCCUGCUUGGUUGGAAGCUCUUUAUACACAAAAGUUCUUUGUGGGUUGCUCUACCCAUGAGACUGCAAAGAAGAAUGAAAAGAAUAUAUUGUGUUUGGAUUGUUGCACCAGUAUUUGCCCCCAUUGUUUGCCAUUUCACCGGUUUCAUCGGCUUGUUCAGAUUCGUCGAUACGUAUAUCAUGAUGUUAUUAGAUUGGAAGACCUUGAGAAGCUCAUAGAUUGCUCUAAUGUGCAGGCCUACACCAUUAAUAGUGCCAAAGUGGUGUUCAUCAAGAAGAGACCUCAGAGUAGACAAUUUAAGGGAUCUGGCAACUACUGCACUUCAUGUGAUAGAUGCCUCCAAGAACCUUAUAUUCAUUGUUCUCUUGGGUGCAAGGUGGAGUUUGCAUUGAAGCAUAAUAAGGACUUGUCCCCUUACUUGAGAAAUUGUAAGAUGUUACAACUUAGCCCAGACUUCAUGAUACCUCAAGACACAGGAGAUGAUGAUGAUGAUGAGAUGAACGAGACACCCCAUUCAUCAGUAGUGGAUUGUGAUGAGCCAAUGAGUUCAUCAUCUUCAGGAUCUUCAGGGUCAGAUCAGACCAUUAAUAUGGUGUGUAGGACUGAGUUUGUAAGGAAGAAGAGAAGUAGUGGUCUGUACGUGCACUGUGCAAGGUCUGCUAAUAGAGUUUCAUCAGAAGAACAAGACAUGGCUACAAGCAUGAUGAGUAGAAGAAAAGGGAUACCUCAUAGGUCUCCUAUGUGUUAAUUGUUAGCCAAUUAACUUCUUUAGUUAUUAUUAUUAUUAGGAAUUAGUAUCUUUAUGUUCUUAACUGACUUGAUCAAUUGCCUUAGUUUCUUCGUCCAAGUUCAGAUUCCAA